AUGAGGAGGCACGUCAUAGGGUCGCAACGCAAGCGUAUCAAGAGGAACCAGAGGGGGUUAGCUGGUGAACGUGUCGGGCGUGCUGGGAACCCAGGUGUGGGGUUGCAGCAGGUGGAGCCUAGGGUCGAGAUGAUCACUUGUCGGAUCUAUUGGCGUGCUGUUAGAGCAGUUACCAAGAGGGAGAUAUGUUUGUUUUGGGUUGUUCAGGUUCAAGAUUGUUCAAGAAGAAAGGCUUUAAAGGAUCAUUUGCAGAUGCAGGGCAGUCUGCAAAGACUUUUGCUGUUUUAUCUGGAGUCCAUAGUUUUGUUGUUUGCCUUCUCAAGCAAGUGCGUGGGAAAGAUGACGCCAUUAAUGUUGGAGUUGCGGGAUGCUGCACUGGUCUUGCUCUUAGUUUCCCCGGUGCUCCAAAAGCUCUUCUACAGAGUUGUCUCACUUUUGGGGCAUUCUCUUUUAUCCUCGAGGGACUCAACAAAAGACAAACAGCUCUGGUGA